AGUUUUGUCCUUACUUUGAUCCCAAUCACAUAAAGUAUUACCAUUUGCGGCGUUGUUGAGUGAUCUCGACGACGAUGGAGAGAUCGGCGUCGGUGGGUGUUAACGCCGACCGUUUUGGUGGCAACCAAUUCUAUUCUCCGUCUUUCUCUUCAUCUUCUUCCAUGAGACAUGUUAAUUACAGUUGUGGAUCUUGUGGGUAUGAACUAAACCUGAGCUCCACGAAUCGAAUCACAUCAUCAAUCGGAUCAAAGUACGGUAAAUCCAUGAAGAGUGGGAUCAUUUCCUUCUUCAACAUCGACGAGGGUAGAUUCAGUCAGGUCGAUGAGUUCCAAUGCAUGCCUCACUUCUCUAGAUACUCUUGGGGUUUAUUCAGACACAGAACUAAGCUUCUCUGUCGCAAAUGUAAUAAUUAUAUCGGCAAUGCUUCUCAAGAGAAGGCUCCUGAGUACGCGCUUGUAACACAAAACUCGGUUCCAACAUCGCCUAGGAUUGGUAGUGUUACGAAGUAUGAUAUCAGGAUCCGCUCGCUUCAACCCUCUUCUGCUGUCGCUUUGCUGUGAGUGCUUCUUCUACUACUGUGUAUAUACCCGCCGAUACUCUACAUCUUCUUCAGAGUUUCUAUUUUAGAUCUUCGAUGACGUGUUUGUUAUCGGCUUGGUACUGUUUUGAUAAGGUUGGUUUGGCUUUUCAGUUGUAUAGUAGUAGUAACAAUUUACCUUAUGU